AUGCCAAGUUCAUACGCAGCGCCGGCUUCGCAGCACAGCAACCGGCUACCGGGUCGCCGGGCGGGAACCGAGCCGGAUGCCUCGGCUGGUGGACAUUCAGGACUCGGAACGGCUUCCACCCUCUGGCUAAGCCGAGGGCCGACGUCAGAGCCGACGAGACUGGGAUCCAGCGGCGAUGGCAUCAGCUUCGGGGCAUCGGCGAAGCAAGACGGUGCCGACUCGACCAUGGCCGAAUCUACGUCCUUUAUGACGUCGACGGCAUUCCAGAACUCUUCCACGCGCCUCUCCCUUUCGACGAUGCGAAGUGUGCAUUCGAACACAACCCAAGGCUCAUCAUCCAUGACGCCUCCGCCAGUCAAUUCAUCCGGCGCCGAUCUGGCUGCUGUCGAUGCACCAUCGAACAGCUUGUCGGAGGGUGCCACGGCGGCCAUCAUCAUCGGAAUCAUUCUCGUCGUCGCGGCGUGCAUCUAUGCCGUAUGGGCCUUGGUCCAGAAUAGACGGAGCGCGGGACGCCCUGGAUCGCCAUCGUUUUCUCUCGAUACGCCGUACGACGGUGCUCUUCCGCUACGAGACGUCGGCCGCAAGGAUGGACGCGCCGCCGCUUCGGGGCUCGAAGCCUGGCUAGCGGUCAACGACGACGGAUGGCCGCCAGCUCACCUGCCAUCACGGACUGGACCGUCCGAGGCACAGCCGUUUGCUCGAACUGGUCGCCGGUCCGGACGUGGCGAUGGCCGACCUAGAUACGCCGAGUCUGGUUCGAGUUGCCGCACAGCGAGAAGCGCGCCUCGUCCUCGGCCUGCUCUCGAGGCCGGUCGUUUACGCGAGUGGGAUGCCUCAUCGUCGGUCGAGGCGACGGGCCAUCAUUCCGUCCGAGGAGGAAUGUGCGGACGGAAUCAGAGCAGCCACUAG